ACAGAUGUUCGCAGGAAGACCAUAUAUGAAUAUCACAAGAUUGACAUGAAGAAAAAUUCAGUUAUUGGGAACUGGACAGCUAUUGUUUUUAAGGCUCUGCCGACAUGUGUGUCACUAAAGAGCUGCGAAAAGUGCCUUUCAACCAAGAUCAGCUUUGAUUGCCAGUGGUGCAACAUAAUUGGAAGAUGUAGCAAUGGCUUGGACAGACACCGUCAGGAGUGGCUACAUAACAGCUGUGAGGUCAACAAGCAUUCAGAACUCAUGGGAGUGUGCCAACCUGCCCCCAGUUCCUUCCUCAACAGAUAACCCAUAUCAGACUGCGAGUCCCACUUCUGUCGACACCUUUGGCCACAACGCCAGGGUUGAACCUGCCAAUAGAGGCUCAGAUUCUUCCUCUGCCACUAACAACAAUGGAAGCAACAGCCCCAGCCAGCAGAAUGCCUCUGCCAACCUCCCAACUCCCACUUCCUCUCCUGUGCCUUCUAACACAGCCAGUGCCAACACCAGCACUGGUAGUCUAGAGAACAGCAAUGACACAGACACUGCCACUGGAGGCAAACACCACAAAAACUCAAAACACAACACCAUCAACACCUCCUACUCCCGCAAUGCCUUCCCGGGGUAUCCUUCUAUACCCUAUCCAGGCUCCCAUUCUGCCCUGGAUGCCUCGGACAGCAGCAAAGGGAUAGUAACGGACGGAGAGCCUGAUACAUUAGCUCACACAUCUGGGAGAGGUAGAGUUGGUAUGCAUGGAGGUUUAGUGAAAAUGCCAUACCUGUGUUGCACUUGCACUGUGCACUGUGGGUGCACGAGUCCUUGUUUCAACAAGGCCAUUCAGGCACUUCAUAAGUUACUGUUGAUAUCUUCGUAUAAUUUAUAA